UGCAGCCGGCGCUUGCGGCGGGCCGGCGGUUGCGGCGGGCGGGCGCGGGGCCGGCGGGUCUCCCGCGGGCCGGGAGGCUGCGCCGACCUUGCGGCUGGCGGCAGCCGGCCAGCGCCCUGCCGCCGCCGCCGCGCCAUGGGCACGGUGCCCUCGGCGCUGAAGCACUGCCUCAGCUACCAGCACCUCCUCAAGGAGCAGCUGUGGAUCGGGGAGCCGGCCGCGCCGCCGACUGCGGCUCCGCACCCCGGGAAUCUCAAGCAUCUGGACUGCCUGAGUACAUAAAGAUUGUAGAAGUUGGGCCAAGAGAUGGAUUACAAAAUGAAAAGGUGAUAGUCCCAACUGAUAUCAAAAUUGAGUUAAUCAACCGGCUUUCCAGAACAGGCCUGCCUGCAAUAGAGGUGACCAGUUUUGUUUCAUCCAAAUGGGUGCCUCAGAUGGCAGAUCACAAAGAAGUAAUGAGGGGCAUUGAGCGGCAUCCUGGAGUCCAAUAUCCUGUUCUCACGCCUAAUCUUCAAGGUUUUCAUUCUGCUAUUGCAGCAGGGGCUACAGAAGUCUCAGUAUUUGGUGCAGCAUCUGAAUCUUUCAGCAAAAUGAAUAUUAAUUGUUCAAUUGAAGAAAGCAUAGAAAAAUUUGAAGAAGUUGCUAAAUCUGCAAGGAAUAUGAAUAUUCCAGUGCGUGGGUAUGUGUCCUGUGCAUUGGGAUGCCCAUAUGAAGGAAACAUCAUACCAGCUAAAGUGGCAGAAGUAUCUAAGCGGCUGUACAGUAUGGGGUGUUAUGAAAUCUCUCUGGGGGACACAAUUGGUGUGGGGACCCCUGGAAGCAUGAAAAGAAUGUUGGAAGCUGUUAUGAAAGAAAUUCCUCUGAGUGCUCUUGCUGUUCACUGUCAUGACACGUAUGGCCAGGCGUUAGCCAAUAUCCUCACAGCCAUUCAGAUGGGAGUUGCUGUAGUGGAUUCAUCAGUUGCAGGACUGGGUGGUUGUCCCUAUGCAAAAGGUGCUACUGGAAAUGUAGCCACAGAGGAUGUGAUAUACAUGCUUAAUGGUCUGGGAAUCAAUACAGGAGUAAAUCUUUAUAGAGUGAUGGAAGCUGGAAACUUCAUCUGUACAGCUUUGAACAAGAAAACAAACUCAAAGGUUGCACAAGCUUCCUUCAAUACUGGAACUAUCAAUUAAAUGGAUUUUUUUGCAGCUUAAUUACAUUUGUCAUCUACCUUGACCAAGGACAUUUAUAUCAAGAAAUCAAAUAUUAGAAAACCAUUUCAGUGAAGAACCAAAAUAGAACCCAUAUAUAAGUUUUUAUUAUGGGAAGAGUUACUGUACUGUACUGGCUUGUCAUGAAUUGUCUGAUUUGUAAGUAAAAAAUAAAUGACUGUGGUACAGAACCCUGUGCUUGGUACUUCUACCGAUGAGAAAAAAUGUAUAAACACCAAGACAUUUUACCUUGUUUUAAAAUGAAUUUUAGUUCUUUUCAGGAAAACUGAGUAGAAGCAGUGAAUACAUAGUUAAUUUUCAAUCAGGAUGACUUUUAGAAUAGUACAAACAUUUGCAGUAGUUUAUGAGAUCCCACACUGUGUGUGGUCAUUCUAUUAUGUGUUUUAUUUAUCUGAAUCUUUACUUUUCAUUUGUCAAGUCAGUUGUGUUAUGAACAUGGAGCCAAAUCUGAAUUCACCAUAAGAAUUUUUUAGCAAUAGUACAUUUUUUUUGUUUUGUUUAACAUCUGUUAAGUAUAUGGAUGACUUUAUCUUGUUCCAAGACUUUGUGGUGAAUGGCAGUCUGCCAGAUCCUCCAAAUCUAAUGCAAAUUUCCUUAUUUGUUACAUAUGUUAAAUUUGUUGUAGUUGCUUUUUUUUUGUCAACUGUAUUAAAACCUAAUUAUGUGAAGCAAUUAAAAAUUGGCAAGGUUUUCAACCAUCCUUCAGGGUUGUAGUAGUGUAGAAGGGGCUAAAUUUGUGUCCAAAGUCUCACAGAACAAUUUGAUUUUUUAUUCUACAGUCUAUGAAAUUACAUUCUCACUUACAAGUCACAAGUUUUUGAGGAUAAUAAUAUUCUGCUGGACUAGCUUACAUGAAGGGAACCACUUACUAUUUUCUUUGUGCUAUACUGAUAGUGAUACUCUACUUUUCAAUGUCUUAAUUCAGCAAGAUGCCAGUGAACUGCAUUGUCAUUUUUAGAUCAGUAAUGGACAAAUUCAAAGAAGAGCCUUAUCCUACCUAUAAGCUGUUCAAAUGCGCCAUGAAAGCAUUGUCAUUUUUUCAGUCUGAAACAUCAGUACUGUUACUGGUUGUUUGUGUAGGAUCUUUCUGUAAUUCUCUGUGUACUUAACCUUGACUUUUUCUGAAAAUAGCAUGUUACCAUGAAAAUUCAAAACCCUGGACUAUGAUCUUUUUCCAUAUUCUCUAUUUUCCUCCAAAAUAUGAAAGGCUGGAAAAAGGUAAGCUGAAAGAAAGUGAAAGAUAACACAUAAAGAAGGAAAAGGCUGAAUGAUUUUUGUCUGGAACUCAACUCUGCCAAGUUACAGCUGAGUCUCAGCUUGCCUUUGAAAUUCCAGAGUGAACCAUUUCUGAGAUCUUUUUAGCCAGUACUGUAGUUUAGAAUUAGCACAGCUUAAGAAAGUCAAACGUAGCAUGCCAUGUAACUCAAAGGUAGAAAUUUGACAUAAAACCUCUAUCCUCUUUAUGCUGUAAUGACAGUUAAAACCAAUAUUAACUAAAUUUUUUCACUCUUCUUAUGGUAAGAGUCAAAGAAUAAGCAGUGCGUUUAGGUGAGGCAGGACGUGUCUUGCCUGUCAACCCAAAAUACUAAAUUGCACCCCUUCCCAAGAAGCCCUGCUCUGGAUGGAGAGAUGGAUGACCACAGAAAACACUCGGUCCUCAUUUUCCCAUGUUUUAGGUGGGGCUUUGUUAUUUAGCAGCCACUACAGCUCGCAUAUCAAAACACGAACUUUAAUAAAACCAGGUCUUGAACCAUUCACAGAUUUUAAAAAUUCUGUAAUGGAUUAGAUCCAAUGAAGAAGUGAGGAAUCUGCAGCAGUACUUAGGUUGUACUUAGUCUAAUAAUCAGUGGUUAAGCCUGAAUGAGGUCCCAGAACUGACAUCCUAAAGACUCCCUCAUUUAGAUGCCAUUUAACCCUGGAGGGGAGUGACCAUACGCUAAUACUUUCCUGUUUUACAAUAAAAUUUCUUCUAUAGUUCGCUUCCGUGCAGGCACAGAAUUAGCUCAUUUUCAGCUGAAGUGUGCAGUUCUCAUGUAGGGCUUGAUGAGUGUUCUUUCAUCCAAGAUCCUGUGAGCAUCUUUAACUGACAGGAGCAAGACUGAACUUCUCACACAAUGAAAGUGAAGCCACCCCUUAAAAAAAAAAAAAGGUAGUUGUGAUGCAAACCAGCUUUUAAAUACUAGCCUGAACGCUGGGGUGAACAACUGAUCUGAGAUUAGCUUGUUACUCGGCCUGAGGAGAUUCAAAUACAAUUUUUUUUUGUUCUAAUCAAUGGAUCUAACCACCAGGGUAUAAACAGAACUCAAAAAGAACACACUUCCUAGUAAAUCUGGAUGAAAUUGUGCCACUGAGUAAGAUGGAAUUCAAAAUUCCUGAGACCAGAAAGAUCACAACAAAACAAAUGUCACUGCAACAGAUAAUAGGUUUUUUCCUUGAAGAUGGUGUUGAGGGCUUCAACUUCAAAUACAGGCCAAGUUAGGAACUGAAUUGAUACUGACCACUUUUUUAGUAAGUAUACUAAAUACAACAUCUUAGAUAAAAGUGAGUGGCUUCACUGCUGCCACAGCUUUCACUUUAAAUAAAAUACCUAUGUAGAACAUAGACUAUAGAAUAAAAGAACUAGCGCUGCUCAGUUCUUUGAGAGUUCUAGAUGUCUGCAUUCCUAAUUACCAUGAAGGAUUGCUAAUUUUGGCACUAGGAGACCCCUACACUCUGAAGGAGUUUUCAUAGGCAUAUCGCCUCUGUGCAUAGUGCAUCCUAGGCUUCUCAGCAUCUGGGCUGUCCGCUUUGCAGUUCUGAGGCUCUUAACAGUCCCUAUGCACUGAAACAGGGUACCUCUUAAAUCAUGGGGAUGAACGACCUAAAAUGCCUCGGUUCUUUAUUGGGUCUGUUUUAGAAACUACUUGGGAGCUUGUGGAGAGCCUUAAAUGCAGGUCUGUUAUUCUGUAAUGAUGUGAGCAUUGGAAAAGAUGAGCAGUCACAUCUGGAGCCUGUGCUUUACCCACACGUUCAGCUUCAACCACAUAGUGAGUUAUAGUAAUCCAGGGUGGAGGUCACAGACAAAUGGAUUGUUUGUCAGGAUCGUUACAAGGGAGGAAGAAACAUAGAGCCAGAUUUAAAAAAACCCACCAUUUAUGUGCCAAAAGUGUCACCUGGGAUGAAUUUAGGCUUGUGGGUCCAGGUGAGCAAUCCCCAAAAAAUCUUUCUUUACUUGUAGUGUGACUGAGAAUCCUGAGACAUCUCAUGUUCUCGCUGCUAAAAUUUGUUAGGCAUGUAAAGUGCUGCUGCUCUGUUUUCCUGGGCUGGCAUCGUUUUGAAUGUGUGGAGCAUUUUAACGCCUAAUCUUUGGCUUCACAAAAUAGGCAUAUAUUGCCCUUAAGAUCAAGGGCUAAUCCAGUAGCUAAUGCCAUGAGUGUGCAUCACCCACAUGAGCAGCUUUGAGUUCAGCACAUAAUAAAGCAGUUGAGACUACAUCCCUUCAAAAACAUGGCAAGAGCUGUAAGGCAUGGGAUGGUGUUACUGCUUUCCAGUGCUUCUGACUUUCUAAAACUUUAUGCUUAUAUUCAGAGUGACCUGUUGCUAAUGGUGCCUCCUCUUUUAGACCCUAUCAGUGUCCCCUGCUGAGUACAUUGCUGUCACUUCACCCUGAAGUAACCCUCUGGCUGCAGAAGGCUUGCAUCCAGGUGUUUGGCUUCCAUUAGCAGGUGUUCUUAUUACUAUGUCGUUAUAAAAAUUAUAGAUAUAUAUAUAUUUGUUGAAAGGUAUCCAGAAAAAGCAACAGAGUGCCGAAUAUGAUCACACUGUUGGAAUGUAGGGACGUGCUGUCUCCCAGUCUGUUUUGCCGAUGGUCCUCUGUAAAUGCCGAAAAGGGGAUAAUGUAAACUCUGAGAGCAUGCAGGAGAGGAGAAGUAGUUAUUGACUGCCCUCUCGGAGUCUUAUCAGAGACAAAGUAGAUGUACCAAGAUAUCUACUUGUGUGCUUUGGAGACUUUCUUCUGUAGUUCACUGUAUCAAAGUCACUGCAGAGAUCUCACAGAGCACUAUGGAGAUCAUCUUACCUCUGUCAGGGCCAUGGAGUUAGUAAACUGGAGUUCCCAGGGCAGUCUUUGGUCUGUGUUCUGUGUCUGAACUUGUGACGGUUCAACAGCUGACCAAUGUCAUGUUGCUGGAAUUUUCUUUAAUACUUUCAUAGUAGUUUUUCCCAUGUUGUUGGCAAUAGAAACUCAAAUACCAGCUUCUUUGGCUGCUCCAGAUACUACAUUGUUCUAAAAGCAUGGCUGGUGUGCCUUUUUGGAGAAGUUGAUCAGUUCCAUUAGUUAUAGGCAUAAUUGUUCUUCAGUGCCUUUCACAAGACAGCAGUGACAUGGAUCCCGUACAUGGAUAGUGCUAAUGUCUUCCAGAAGCAGCUUGCUUUGUAGUUCGAACUUUCAUGUUUUAGGGCAACUUGGCUCUGGACCAGAACUUUAAUGUUUCAUUUUAAUGUAUAACCAGAAUUUAUGGAAAUAAGAAGUGAAUAUUCUGGUCUUGUGAAUAAGUCCAGAGAGGCUUUGGCUAAUUUUCCUUUCUUAAUAGCAUCAUUUCAGUUCAUAAAACUUUUAUUAUUGUAAUAAGGAGUCACAAAAUGAAGACUGCAAGUCUGUGAGGUAAAAUUCCUGUGUUUGGGAUCAGUGCUGUUGCAAUGAAAUAAUACUUUUCCAAAGAGUUAGUGUGAAUGUGUAAGAUCUGCCUAUUUUUUCACAGAGAUAUUUUUAAGAGGUAGGAACACUGUUUAGUUACUGAUACCUGAAAAUGUUGAUUCUCUGCCACUGAAUUUUCAUAUGUUUUCUCAGGCUGCCUUAAGUUCUCUUUAUUGAUUGUGAAAUGUCUAGAGAACUGACUAAACAGGAGAAUCUCUGAAGAACUGAAAGAUGCUUGCUUUCCAGUUCCUGACUUGCUGAUCAAUGCUUUUCUUUUGUUAUACCUUUGAAUAUUAUUUUUCUCUACAGUCCUGCUGUAAUGCAGUGUUGAUCUUCAUUGCUGCAAUAACACAGCAGGCUGAGGACUACAGCCAAAGUCAACUUAGUCCUUUGAAACCGAUGUCAAAGAGAUUAUAUGUUUGUUAAGGAAUUGUCAUGUACCCUCUUGGUUAAAUGCAUUUGUGAUUUUGCAAUAUGUGGUGUUAAAGCUGAAAUAAAAUCUAUCUCAGUGUUUAUUCAAA